AUGAGAUGACGCAAGAUUAAUUCUCUGGUUAAUGAUUUUCUAGACACUCUAGGAUCUUCUUCAGUUUAACUAUUAUAUGCCUUCAAGACACACGGAGUUUCUUUUUUAAAAACUGCGAUAUCUGAAAAAUAUUAAAAGGUUUUUUAAGAUAUCAGAAUGUUUUCAAGAGUUAUUAUUGUCACUAUUAAUAUCAAAGGAAUAUAUAUUCUACGAAUAAUUUUUUACAUUCAAUAGCAUUUUUCUUUUGUUCCUGAUUAAGAAUUAGUGAUUUCUUAGUUGAACAAGUUCUAAAUUUCAACCAAUCUUCGACCUUUUUAAGCCAUCAUACCUGCAGGAAUUUCAAGGCUUUUAUGAGUUAUUCGCAAUACUUCCCUCAGCGUCUGUUCGUCCUUCUGAGAAAGAAUUGGGAUACCAUGUUUUAUGCUCGUGGUGAUGAUGGUUUGAGCAUCGAGGAAGUGUCUGAGGGAGCUCCUCUCCUUGCGACAGCACCGAAGGAUGAUCUGUACGAGACCAACCCAAGAACGUGGAGGAGAUAUAUGCAAGUCCAAAUGAAAAUACCUCGAGUUCAAACGAUAACUGGCGUUCUUCUAGGGUUACUACUGUUAGCAAUGAUACUGAUGUUGGUGGCUGAAGCCAUCCGAGAAUCUCGUGAACCAGAUCCUUUCCUAGUACAAUAUUCCACCUCACCUAAACCAUUUACAAGUUUGAUACAUUUACAAAACAAAGAGUUUCAACAAGCUUGGAUCGAGGGAGAAAGUCUAGUCUCGUAUAGAAAAAAUUUGGAGAAGAUGCUGGUGGAUAAUGGUGUGCUUCCCAGAAGAGGUUCGUCUUCAAGUUUGUUGCAGAAUUUCCAAAAAGGCAAUGUGGAUUCUCAAGGACUUCAGGAUUGUGCCAUCAUCGUUGAACACAUGAAGAAGUCUCUUGGAGGAUGCAUUGAUACAGCUCUACUACCAGAUCACUGCCAAUUAAAAAAACCAAAUGUGUGCAAUGAAUCUUAUCCAUACAGAACCUUCAAUGGAAGCUGUAACAAUCUUUUGCAUCCUGAUUGGGGUAUGGCUGUAUCACCGUUUAGAAGGCUACUUCGAGCUGAAUAUGCCGAUGGUGUAUCUCUGCCUCGAGUGUCUGUCACAGGUGAACCACUUCCAAAUGCUAGAUAUUUAAGCAAUGAACUUUACACCCAUCAUUCAAGACCAAGAAGUAAUCAUACUAUUCUUACUUUAUACUUCGGAUUGUUCAUCGAUCACGAUAUCAUCAGAAUAACCAGCAAAACAGGUCAUAAAGGAGCUGCUAUAUCUUGUUGCCAUCCUGAAAUAAUAGAAAAUCCAAGUUACCUUCAUCCCGAAUGUAUGGCCAUCGGUGUUCCUGAAGAUGAUCCAUUUUAUGGCCCUCUGGGAGUGAGGUGCCUCGAUUUCGUUAGAUCUGCUCCAGCACCGGGAGACUGCCCAGGAGAAAGAGAACAGAUGAAUAUCGUCAGUUCCUUCUUAGAUGCAUCUGGAGUGUAUGGUUCUUUUUAUGAUAACAACAAUAUUUUGAGAUCAUUUAAAGAUGGUCAGAUGAAAGUGUGUUGGAUAAACAAUACAGAAAUGCUGCCCCAAGCGCAUCACAUCAGUUACCAGUGUGGCUUCCCACAAAGGGAUCAAUUCUGCUUCAGAGCAGGUGACAUGAGAGCCAAUGAACAAGUCGAGUUGACAGCCCUCCAUACUAUCUGGAUGAGAGAACACAAUCGCGUGGCCAUGCGACUCCGUUCGAUCAACCCGAAGUGGGAUGAGGAGAAAUUGUUCCAAGAAAGUAGAAGGCUCGUCAUAGCAGAGUUGCAACACAUUGCCUACAAUGAAUUCUUGCCAGUUCUGCUAGGCAAAGAUGUGGUAAAGGAACAUGGGGUAUUAAUCGACCCCGAAAGGGGCUAUGAUGGUUAUGAUCCAGAGAAAGAUCCCAGCAUCUACAAUGUAUUUGGCGCAGCUGCUUUCAGAGUUGGUCACAGUCUUAUUGAGGGUAUGUUAGACUUAAUUGGACCUGGUUACACUACCGAAAAACAGAUUCCACUGCACACUGCAUUCCUUAAUCCUCACAUUUUCUACGAAAAGGGAAUAGAUUUGCUACUCAGAGGCUUAGUCAGAGAGAAGUCGCAAUCUGUAGACAGCUUCAUAACCGAUGAGGUUCGAAAUAGAUUGUUUCAACCUCACAAUGGUAAAUGGGGCAUGGAUUUGUCAGCUAUUGGAAUCCAGCGUGGUAGAGACCACGGUCUGCCUGGUUACACAAAAUGGAGGGAGUUCUGUAAACUUCCUGAAGUGAAUUCAUGGGAAGAUCUUUUCAAUGUCAUGGAUUCUCAGCAUGUCCAGAGGCUGCGUAAAGUUUAUGAUUCCGUGGAAGACAUAGACUUGGUACCUGCGGCUCUUUCAGAAAACCAUCUUCCCGGAGCUAUGGUUGGACCUGUCCAUGCUUGCCUGAUAGCCAGACAGUUCAAUCAUUUACGAUAUGGGGAUCGUUUCUGGUUCGAGGUUCAAAACCAAUCAGGAUCGUUCACUCCGGGUCAACUUGAACAAAUUUACAAGUCAAGUUUUGCUCGUAUUCUUUGUGAUAACUCUGACAGAAUUGAAGAAAUCCAGAGAUGGGCUCUCACAGCAAUUUCUCCUGAAAAUCCUGUAGUGCCAUGCCCUGAAAUUCCAAAAGUUGAUCUUAAGGUUUGGACUGAGUCUUAAACUUAUGCUGUUGCUGCAAAUGAAGAAUGAAAAAAACAGUCGUUAUAGUUAAUUAAACAUGUGUUCAAUUUUCAAGUGCAUUUAGUGUUCACAAUUUCUCUGAGAACAAUGCCAAUUUCUCUCAUUUCGUCCAAUAUUUAAAAUGAUGAACUGAGAGCUUUCACUCAUAUCACGUUUGUACAAUAUUUGUCUGAAACGUUUUAGUCUAUUUUUGUGUGUUUGUAAAUGUAACACAAAAAGGCAUGCGUAUGAUUGAAAUUUAGGUAAUGAUGAAUUAGAAAGUAGGUAAUGAUGGAAUUUAGUAAUCAUGAGUUCAGGUUUGUGCUUAAUUUCUCUAGAGCAAUGCAUUCCGUCGUCAUCUUUGCAAAUAUGUGACCGUUAAUUGGCAAAAAUAAGUUUUAUAUGAAAAUGUUUUAUGCAUGUUGUUACAGAGUAAGAGGUACAAACAAGUAUGUUGAUUGUUUCUUUAGUUAAAAAUAUUAAGGAUAUCUCUAAAAAAUAAUAAUUUUAGAUAGUUGAUGUCAAUUUAAUGCGUGUAAUAUCUUGUAAGUUAUGUUGCCACAGUUAGAUACGUAAAUAAUUAA